AUGGUAGGCAGCAUAACUUGCGCGACCAAGGCACACCUCAAAGAAUGGGGCUUCUCCCCAAAAGAGGUGACUACUCUGUCAAAACAGUGGUACAGAGCAACGAUCUCUUGUCUCAACGAAGCUGAGUAUAUGGCAAACCCUGAUAUCUACUCGAUCCAUGCUAUCACGACACUAGCCAUGUCUGCACACCCGCUAGGCCAUUCACAAGAGCUUGCGGUACUACUAGAUGCCGCCUCGAAGAUUGCUCAAGGCUUGGGUCUGAAUCGGCUCAGUUAUGACAAAGCACUGGAGAACAUCACCAGCUCCUCCCAAGAAGAGCAACGACAUAAGCUACUGAAACGUGAGAUUGGCCGAAGACUCUGGUCAUUUCUCUGCAUUAAUGACUGGAUGUCCGUGCCGUUUGCAGAAGCGCACACAAUCCAUCCGCUCCAUUUCACUACUAUCAAACCCGCCAAUCGAGACCACUUGUCAAUGGAAUCGAUAACUCCCUCAUUUCCAACGUAUGUUAGCUACGGCAAUUACCUUUACGAAAUUGCGAAGCUCAUGAUCAGUCACCAUGAAGCUAUGCUUCGUGCCACAACGCAGCUCAUGAUGUACGAAAGCGUCAUGGAGUAUGACUCGCGGAUUCGAACACUAGCGAUAAAUGAAAUACCACGGUACUUCCAUGUAGUUGAGCCCAUUGAUCCAGCCUGGCCUCAGUGGAUUGUAUGGGCGAGGAGGAGUUUGACAAUUUGCUUCGCGCAUAAGGUCAUCAUGAUACACCGAGCCUUUAUCCGCCAAAGCUUCACGAAUCCCGCCUACUCAUUCACACGCACGACCUGUCUAGCAGCGUCUGCAACCAUUUUGAAGGAGGCGAAACAGACGAAAGACCUUGACGGUCCCAUAAUUUGGGUUGAUAAGGCGUUCUGCAUUGUCGCCGGUAUUAUCUUUUGCCUGGAUAUCUUCCACCGGUCCGGAUUUGAAGCCGAGUUUCAGACCCACCGAGAACUAGUGAUCGACUGCAUCACGCUACUGCAGAAAUCUGAGACCAGCGCCAUCGCUGCUAGGGGUGCCACUCUGCUGUCGGCUCUUAUCUCUGCGAGAGACCGGCUUACUUCGGAAUCGGCCUGGCCAACUUGGACUAUGAAGAUGUCGGACAUCUUCGAGUCUCUGACUAAGGAACAAGACUCGCAGUACGCCCCCACCUCUUUGGAGCUUGAGGGAAAUCUUUUGGCAGACAUUCUGCCUCCUCAGGCUGGCUUCUGCAACCGCUUUUUGUUCGAUGACCUUCUCUACAAAAUAAUUUGA